CUACAGAGAACGGUCAAAACAUGUGAAGAUAAGACAAAAGGCCAUAAAACUGUCCAAAAGUUCUUUUAUAAGAAGCACUGGAUCUCACAGCACCGAGAGAAACGCGGGUGACGAGUCAGUAAAGACAAGAUCAACACAUGUAAAUCAUCUCUUUGCAGAAAGCAACUCUUAGGAGAUUUUUGGCAAGAUGAGAACAUUACUCUUGCUGGUUCUCACCAUAACAGCUUCUGUAGCUUCUGCCAGUCCACCAGUUCAGGAUGAAAAGCUUCCUGAUCAAGUAGUGAAGGUGCCAGCGGUUGAAAAAGAUCCAGCGGCAGAGCACACAGAAGCAGAGCAAGGUCCUCUGAUGCAGGAUGAAGCUGUUGCAGAUUCACGUAUGUUGGAGCCUGAUUCAGUGCUGCUGGGGCCAGAGACAACAGAGGAACACACAGUACCAGAAGAGAUGCUGGAGGAACCCAUGCUCGAGGCAGAUUACCUGAUUGAAGAGAUGCCAGAGACAGAACUAGAGCCUGAGACAGAGCCAGAAAAAACUGUCAUUCAGAUGGACAGUAAGAUCACACCUGUGGAGGAAUCUGUACUACAGUUAGAGUCUGAAACUAAUGUAGAUGUGGAAGAUGGAAAAAAAGAAAAUGCAGAAAAGGAGGAGCCUACACUUGAGGCUGAAUAUAUAGUGGUUGAAGAUCCAGAAAUACAAUUGGAACUUGUGAGGGAAAGACGAAGGACACCGAUUGGGAGAUGGACUUGUGGAGGAGUUGUCCUACAGGGCAAAUGUUACCAGUACUUCACCAGAAACCUUGAUGCCUAUACUGCUGAGUUACACUGUCAAUCUAUCUGCCCCAAUGGCCACCUGGCUUCUGUGACAAGCAGCUACAUUCGUGACGGAAUAGGAAAGUUAAUGGAGCAGUAUGGCGGGGGCAUUCGCGCAUGGCUUGGAGGACGAAGAGUCAUUGGUACAAAUAAUUUCGUUUGGUUGGAUGGAACGCAGUGGAGCUAUAAUGGCUGGGCUUUUGGAGAGCCCAAUAAUGCUGGUGGGAUGGAGAACUGUGUGGAGACAUGGAAUGAUCUGGCGUUCAGGGAUGUACCAUGCACAAUACCCAAACCGUUCCUCUGUUCCUGUCCAGUUUAGACAGCGAGAAGGUUCACCUAACCUGCUAUUCAGUAACAUUUCUGAAAAAAAGUGUAAAUAAUAAUAAUUAAUACUACUGCUUUUUUUUUUUUUUUUUUUGGAAAAUUAAUAUAUAAGGGGUAUUCAGUAAUCAACCAUUUUUAUUCUUGCCUUUUUUAUGAAAAAACAAUAUUAGUAAAAUUUUUAUUUAAAAAAACAAUUGAUUAAUUUAGUUUGGUUAACAUAGCAUUAAGUUGUUGUAAACAAUUUGUUUAAUAGCUAAAACACUUCUACUGAAAAUGAUAUUAAAUAAAAGUUAAUCUUAUUGUCAUUAAAGUGUGAUUUGUUAUAUUUUAUUACUGUAUCUAAGACUGUAAUUAUCAUGCCAGUAGUUUAAUCCUUUAACUGUUUUAAACUGCUUUAAUCAUUUAACUGAAAGGUCACAUAAUGUUAAAUCCUGGCAGAGCUUUUCACUAAAGCUUUAGCCAGGCGCUGGUAAUAGCUAUCAUCACCAUGAGCCUACCAUGCAGGCCUUUUUCCAUCCCAUCAUCUGGCCAGGAAUGCCUGGGUUCCCGUGCUUCUAUGCAUCAUCUAUGGGAUAAAGAAAGAGCCACUUGGUGUGACACACACGUUUGUUGUGUAGCCAGCGGUGGACACUGGGACAGUCAUAAUGUUACAAAUGAACUUUAGUGCAAGAGGUUUUAAAGGAAAAGUGUUUCAUUUUUGAGCUACUAGAAUC